ACAUGAUACUUCCAUGGAAUGAGUUUUACUUUCAGCAUUUAAAAAAUAAAAGCGUCGUCGUUUGUCGGUGUCGGCAAAGAUGAAUGACGGCUACAUUGUUAUGGUUGUCAUUUAUAACAUCAAGAUUUAUAGAAUUUUUGGAUAUUGUUACUGAUGUCUUUUCGCUUAAUUAUAAAUGAUUCAUGAACUUUUCUAUAUACAAAGACUUCUGGUUUCACUUGACCAAAUUUGCCAGAAAGUUGAUUGCAGGCAAGCAGAUGUCAUAUUUUUAAGAGAAUUGCUUCAAAACCACUCUCUUCAAGCUUUAGUUCUUGUUCAUAACCGUGUGUCUACUUACAACGGCAGACAGAUUUUACCAGUUUCUUAUGAAAGCUGUGAUAUUGCUGAAGAGGUUAUUCAAGCACUCCAAGAUGCUGCAUCUAAUGAUUCUGAAGAAUUGCUUUGCCUUCUACAAAAGCCAUACUUUCGAGCUUUGCUGUUGACACAUGACCAAGUAGCCCGGAAAGAUUUUGAUCCUUCUCUUCCAGAUAUAAUCCAUGAAGGAGAUGAUGAUGAAGAGACUGUUAAAAUUGUACAGCUAGUCAAAAGCAAUGAGCCAUUGGGUGCCACUAUUAAAUAUGAUGAUCAAACUGGAUCAAUAGUGAUAGCUAGAGUUCUCCAUGGAGGCGCAGCAGAUCGCAGUGGUCUGAUUCAUACUGGUGAUGAAGUACAUGAAGUUAAUGGAAUCAAUAUUAGAGGCAAAUCUCCUCAUGAUGUUGUCAAUAUAUUACAAUGUCGGGAAGGACCCAUCACAUUUAAACUCGUCCCCAGAGAAGAAUGUGUGCCAUCCAGGGAAAGUCGAUUGCGAGUGAAAGCCCACUUUAGCUAUGACCCGGGUGCGGACAAUAUCAUACCUUGUAAAGAAGCAGGUUUGCCUUUCAGUAAAGGAGAAGUACUUCAUAUUGUUAAUCAGGAGGACUUGAAUUGGUGGCAGGCCCGAAAACAUGGGGAAAAGAAUUCGAGGGCAGGCCUCAUCCCUAGUCGUCAAUUGCAAGAAAGGCGUUUUGCGGAAAUGAGAGAUUUGUCUUAUUUACUUCAAGAUGACUUCAUUGCUGGGUGUAAAAUUCCUGUUAGAAAAGAACAUCAUCGUCCUCGCAAGAUAAAGAAAAUUAUGUAUGAUGCCAAAGAGAAUGAUGAUUUUGACAGGGAAGAAAUAGCCACUUAUGAAGAAGUUGCCAAGUUAUAUCCUAGGCCAGGAAUACAUCGACCUAUAAUUCUGAUUGGUCCUCCAGGUGUUGGACGAAAUGAACUGAAGAGGAGACUAAUUGCUUUUGAUUCUGAUCACUUCAGACAAACUAUCCCUCAUACUAGUCGGCCAAAAUACCCCUGGGAAGUUGAUGGAAAGGAAUAUUUUUUCUCCUCAAAAGAAAGCAUACAAGAAGAAAUUAAGUUGGGUUGGUUUGUGGAGUAUGGACAAUAUAAAGGCAAUUUUUAUGGAACUAGUCUUGAAACUGUCAAAUCCAUCAUCAAUGCUGGUUACGUAUGUGUAAUGACUCCACACCCACAGGCUUUGAAGGUUUUAAGAACGCCAGAAAUUAAGCCUUAUCUCAUUUUUAUAAAGCCUCCUCCUCUUGAUAUUUUGAAAGAAACAAGAAUAAGAGCAAAUGCAAGGUCAACAUUUGACGAGUUUCAUUCACGAGGUUUUACGGAUAAUGAGUUUCACGAGAUAAUAUAUGGUGGUCACAAGCUAGAAUUCUUGUAUGGGCACAUGUUUGAUGCUGUGAUCGUCAAUGAUGACCUGCUACGGGCAUUCCAAGAACUCCUCCAGGUAACCAAGUUGGUAGAAACAGUGCCUCAAUGGGUUCCUGCCAGUUGGGUGGCAUCCAGCUAGAAUAGAGUACAAACUAGUCCACAUUGUUUUUGAAACUAGAUCUUAUUUUACAAACGCGUCCAAACUCAUUUUGUAAAGGAUAUCCUAACGAUGUUGCAGAUAGCAUUUAAUGUGAUGAGAUUUUUUAUAUAUUUGUAACUUUUAUAUAUAUACAUGAAUAUAAAUUGUACA